AAAGACACGAUUUUGGAUCUUUUUCAGGAACUGGAGAAAUGUUCAACUUAAAAAUGUGUGCUCGACGCAAAUGAAAUGUGAUUUCGCACGCACCUGACGAAUUUUAGCUACGUGCAGUGGAAGAUAGCAUUACCUGCAUUCCAAAUUCCAGCAUCGACAGCCUUCCAGCUGUUCAGGGCGUGAUUGUGCAUUAAACACGCACAUCGCACAACCCAAUUCUCAGCUAGAGCCAGGUACCCCAAACACACAUGACCGUGCUACGGGCGGCAACCAGAACGUGACACAUGGCGAUGUACUUUUAUGCCAGUAAGAUAUCAGCCAUUGUCUGCGGCACGCGUUGCAAGCAAACCGUGCUGCAAAAGUCGCGCGGUCAACGGGAUCGCGAUAAGGACAAAUGCCGCCGCCAUCGACAGCGUCACCGGAGCAGAAGACGCAGCAGAUGCCAGGAGAGCAGCUCCGAUAGCGAGACUAGCGCCGAUGACGUUUACUGUGGGCUCGAGCUGGAUGCGACACCUCAGCCGGAUGUGGGCAUUUUCCUACUCAAUGCCAGCAACUCGAUUACGGAAGCAGCACAGCCUGGCAUCCUUGGACUGGAGCUGGGAUUUGCCAACGAGGGCAUGCGCCUGCGACGUCGUCACAGCGCAGAGCAGCUAAACGCACAUGAUUUGGAACUGGGAUUACAGCAUUUUAAGCCGCUCGCAACAAAGGACGAUCCUGUUCAAUAUGAUGUCCCCAAAAAUACGCACAAACGCAGUCUAUGUGAUAUCAGCUUUGAGAGCUCUGUUUUGGGUUCCGGCGGCAUCAUGUACAUAAAUGGUAAAAUAGUUUCCGGCCCAAUAGACUCAUUCCCUGAGGUGCUCAAUCCCAAAAAUGUCAUUGAUUUAGAUAAGGAAUUUCUGUUCUCAUUCUUAUUAUCAUCACGUCUGUUCUUGCGACCCCAUGAGUUGCUCGGCAAACUGUUGGCAGCGGUUGCCGAUGGCCAGUGCUUGGAGACAUUAGUUGCCCUCCUGGCCGAGUGGACGCAAAAGUUUCCGUACGAUUAUCGUGACGAGCGCAUGAUGAGCCAUGUAAAACAUAUCGUUGCUAGAUGUUCCGAUUCGCAUUUGGAAGUCGUUGUCUCCCAAGUACUAAGUGCCUUACUUCAACGCUUGACUGAUUUAGAACAACACGAGGCCGAUCUGCGUGCCUGCCAGACCAACAACGAUAAGCUCGUUGCACCAAUCAACAGCCCAACAGCCACUCAAUAUGCGCAAAUAUUGUGUCGACUGGAAAAGAAAUUGGCCAAGCACAUUGGACCAGAGGAGUUUGUGCAGUGCAGCAGCAUGGUGCUCCUGGACAAGCAGAAGAAAUGGGACCAACCUAUAUCAUCGGGUGGACCACCGGGCGCCCAGGAUCCAAAGAAGACCUGCAAUCUGGAAACGUAUCUGGACUGGUCGGCACGUCUGCGUCUGUUUGUCUGCAAUGAGAUACUGCAGUGCACCGGAAUUGAAGACCGUAGCAGAACAGUGGAGCUCUGGAGUGGGGUCGCCCAAUAUUGUCUCCUUGUGGGCAACUACAACAGUGCCACGGCAAUCUUGGAAUCACUCGAAUCGCCGGCCAUAGCCAGACUCAAAAUAACGUGGAGCAAAUUGCAAGUGACAUGUCAACAAUUGGAUUGCAUGCAACGGCAUGCCGAAGGACACGGACAUUUAUGGCAGAAGCAGGCAAUUGUUCUCAAUGAGCAGCAGCAUAGUCUAAAGACUGAUAAGCAGCCUAAGGCCGCAUCAUCAUCGAUAACGGAAAACUCAUCAUCAACAUCAUCUGCAGCAGCAGCAGCAGUAGUAGUAGAAGUACCAGCAGCAGCAACAGCAACAACAACAACAACAGCAACAGCAUCCUCACCAUCCACUGCCCUAGAAGAUUUGGAUGAGCAGCCUUCGACAAGUGCCACUGGGCAGCCAGUUGGCAUAACAGGCAUAUCCGGUUUCAAUGCAAUGCCAACAUUAUUGGAGAAGCCAACGUUAGAGGUGCCAGCGUCUGGCAGCAACACUGUGGAAGCAGCCACAGCCACAGGAAUACCACCAAUAACAACAACAACAACAACAACGACAACAACAGCAACUAUUUGUGGCAAGCCCAAUGAUUGGGUUGUUAUUCCAGUGUUUGCGGAUAUUGUUAAAUUGGCACUGGCCGAACGAGAAAACUGUUUGCAGCGUUUACAAAAUGGCCACAUCAAUGUGAUUGCCUUCGAUCGAAUGGCGGCCAUUGUUGGCGCGUUCACCAAGCACAUGCAGGCAAUGAAAACGACACAGGGGCCAUCUAGCGGCGAGUACGAGCACUUCUGCACCCAUAUGCAGCGAACUACAAAACUUGGCGAAGCGGAGCUCAUGAUGGCUUCGUUUGACUGCGAGGAACCGAACAAUGCAGAGAAGCUAAUGUAUGAUUUGAAUUAAUUUGAUAAUAACUAUAAACGCAAUAACAUCGCAUGGAGGCCAUGGAGGCGUAACUCAUAGGGCACAGCUGCUGACUGCUUCUACAAGGUAAACCCAGCGCGAUCCUUAUUGAUCAGGCGUCUCAAGUCGACUCACUUCCUCCCCGCGGAGGCCUCCGGUAACGUUUUAACGAGCAACCGCCUCUAAAACGGCCAAAGUGAGCGGCGCUCAUCUUGUUAGAUGUUGAUGUUGCUGUCCUGGGAUAAAAUGCAUUCAUCUAUUUUAUAGUUUCAACUACAAUUAAAUGUAUUUAAUUUUACUUUUAAAAAUAAAUUUGGUUGUAUAAUUAAA